GCCUAUUUCCUGCUCGGAUGGGGCCGGCCGGGGGCGGCGGCGCUGGGGUCGGUGCCUGACGGGCUCGGAGGCCGCCGGGAGCUCCGCCAAGCGACGAUGCGGGCCCCGGGCCCGGAGCGCAGGCGGCCCCCGCCGUGACUCGCCGCGGGCAAGCCGGAGGGGCUGCGGCAGAGCCGGGCGGCCCCGGGAGCCGCUGCGCGGGUGCAUGGAGGAGGCAGCCCCCGCCCGCAGACAGCUACCGGGCGGGGGGCCCUGCCGGGGGCUGCCCUGAGGGGGCUGCGGGGGAGCCGCUGUUGCCUUCUGGCCGUCCCCGCGGUGGUUUGCAGGUGCGAGUCUCCCGGAGGGCCUCGGCGCCGGCUCCGUUCGGCCCCCGCAGGGCUUGCGGCCCCGGGCCCCCCCCUCAGCCGAGCGACGAGGCAGGGGGCUCGGGAGCUUCACACCGGCGUCGCCCCCGAGCGCAGGCAGCCGCUGCUGGCUCCUGAGCAAUGAAGAAGUUCUUCGACUCGCGUCGGGAGCAGGCAGGCUCUGGCCCCGGCUCGGGCACCAGCGGCGGCGGCGGCGGCAGCGGCGGCCCCGGCAGCGGCUACAUCGGCCGCGUCUUCAGCAUCGGCCGCUGCCAGGUGACGGUGGACGAGGUGCUGGCGGAAGGUGGCUUUGCCAUCGUGUUCCUGGUGAGGACCAGCAAUGGGGUGAAGUGUGCCCUGAAGAGGAUGUAUGUCAACAACGAGUACGACCUGCAGGUGUGCAAGAGAGAGAUCCAGAUCAUGAGGGACCUGUCUGGCCACAAGAACAUUGUUGGCUACAUUGACUCCAGCAUCAACUCAGUGAGCAGUGGAGACGUGUGGGAGGUGCUGAUCCUGAUGGACUUCUGCCGAGGGGGUCAGGUGGUGAACCUGAUGAACCAGCGCCUGCAGACAGGCUUCAGCGAGAGCGAAGUGCUGCAGAUCUUCUGCGACACCUGCGAGGCCGUGGCCAGGCUGCACCAGUGCAAAACCCCAAUCAUCCACAGGGACCUCAAGGUGGAGAACAUCCUCCUGCACGACCGCGGCCACUACGUCCUCUGCGACUUCGGGAGCGCCACCAACAAGUUCCAGAACCCUCAGACAGAAGGGGUGAAUGCAGUGGAGGAGGAGAUCAAAAAGUACACUACCCUGUCCUACAGAGCACCUGAGAUGGUCAACCUCUACAGUGGCAAACUCAUCACUACCAAAGCAGACAUCUGGGCCCUUGGCUGUUUGCUCUACAAGCUGUGCUACUUCACCCUGCCCUUCGGGGAGAGCCAAGUGGCCAUCUGCGACGGCAACUUCACCAUCCCCGACAACUCGCGGCACUCGCAGGACAUGCACUGCCUCAUCCGCUACAUGCUUGAGCCAGACCCUGAUAAGAGACCUGACAUUUACCAAGUCUCCUACUUUGCAUUCAAGCUGGCAAAGAAGGAAUGCCCAGUCCAGAACGUCCAGAACUCUCCAAUCCCUGCCAAGCUCCCAGACCCAGUUAAAGCAAGCGAAGCUGCUGCCAAGAAGAGCCAGCCCAAGGCCAGGCUGACAGACCCCAUCCCUACGACAGAGACCUCCAUAGCACCUCGGCAGAGGCCCAAAGCAGGGCAGACUCAGCCCAACCCUGGCAUUUUGCCCAUCCAGCCAGCCCUGACGCCCAGGAAGAGACCCACGGCGCAGGCAGCGAUGCAGCCGCAAGCAGUGGCAGGGCCUGCUGCCCUGGGCAGUGGGCAGCCUUCGCUGCCUGCCAGCGGCCCCCAGCAGAAGGCAGCCCCGCAGCAGCCUCCGGCCCAGCCUGCAGCCAAGCAGGCAGCGGCGCCGCAGCAGCAGGGCUCGCAGGGGCAGCCCCAGGUCCCUUCCACUCAGCCACAGGCCACCCCCCAGCAUCAGCAGCAGCUUUUCUUGAAGCAGCAGCAGCUUCUGCAGCAGCAGCAGCAGCAGCAACAACAGCAGCAGCAGCAGCAGCAGCAGCAGCAGCAGCAGGCUGCCUAUUACCAGCAGCAGCAGCAGAUGGUGCAGGCUCAGCAGUUCCCAGGCGUGCAGCAGGGAGCAGCAGCACAGCAGCAGCAGCAACUGAUGCAGAACUAUUACCAGCAGCAGCAGCAGCAGCAGCAGAUGAUGGCCCAGCAGGCAGCCAUGCAGCAGCAGAAGGCAGCAGCAGCUCAGCAGAAGCCUCAAGCACCGGCACAGCCCCAGGCUCAGCAGAGCUCGGCCCAGCCAGCACAGCCCCAGGAGCAAGGGGUGCAGGCCCAGCUGAGGCAGCAGCAGGCUCAGGCCUCCCCCCCUGCAGCAGGGCAGGGGCAGGGGCAGGGGCAGAGGCUGGGCUCCCUCACCCCUCCCUCCUCGCCCAAGACGCAGCGCGCAGGGCACCGCCGGAUCCUCAGCGACGUCACCCACAGCGCAGUCUUCGGGGUGCCAGCCAGCAAGUCCACCCAGCUGCUGCAGGCAGCUGCUGCUGAAGCCAGCCUCAACAAGUCCAAGUCUGCUUCCACCACCCCCUCGGGUUCCCCAAGGACCUCCCAGCAGAACGUCUACAACCCUCCGGACGUCUCCGCCUGGAACCCCUUCGACGAUGACAACUUCUCCAAGCUGACUGCUGAGGAGCUGCUCAACAAGGACUUUGCCAAGCUGGGUGAGGGGAAAGCUCCAGACAAGAUGGGCAGUUCCACAGAGAAUUUGAUUCCAGGCUUCCAGCCUGCUUCAGCUGCAGCCCAGGCAGAUGCUUUUGGUGGUUCCUCCUUCACUGCUGGAUCAGGUCUGCAGAGGGACCCAGCCCCAGGCCUCUUCCCGGCUGCAGCUCUGGAGCUCUGCAAGGGAGCCGCUGGCAGCGAUGGCCUCGCUCCCUGCCGGGGGCAGCCUGAGCUGCCGGAGGCGAAGCCGCAGCACACCUCGGAGCCAGAGCUCCUGGCGAGGGAUGGGCCCUCGAGCAACAGCUCCUUCUACAGCAGCGAGGGGGAGGGCACGGACCAGGAGGGAGAUCUGCUGGACUGCAGCGGCUCCAGGCCUCUGCUGAUGGAUUCUGAGGAGGAGGAGGAAACCUGCAAGCCCUGCCCGGGCUUCCCGCAGCCUGCGGCCAAGGAACGAGGCGAGGCCCCCCGAGAAGACCCCCAGGCCCAGCCCCGGGCGGGGGAGAUGCUGUUCCCUGCCUUCCAGGCGCACACAGGGGAGGUCUUCAACGAGCCAGACGUGUUCGCCACCGCCCCCUUCCGCAGCUCCCGCAGGCUGCCCGACGAGGCGGACGUCUUCAGCAGAGCUCCCUUCGCCUGCAGGGGCAGCGCUGCCGCCAGGCUCCCCGAGGAGGCAGACGUCUUCCUGAGGGCUCCUUUCACCAAGAAGAAGAGCCUGGAGGAGCUGACUUGCCCGGGCGUGCCCCAGGAGCCCUUCGUGCCGCCCAUCUUCCGGAGCCCGGGAGGCGAUGCCCAGCCCAGGGCCGUGCGCGGCCCCGCGGCGGCAGCCUCAGCCAGGGCUCAGCAUCCCUCUGCCGGCUUCGCUCAGCCUGGCAACCUCCAUCCCUCCCCCGCCAGAGCCGCCGAGCCGCCGGCCCCCAGCCCUGCCGCGGGGGUGCCGCAGGAGCAGGCUGGCGGCCAGGGCGGGCAGGCAGCGGCGCAGGAGCCCUCCCUGGGCGCUGUCCCCAGCAAACCCUUCCGUCCGCAGGCGCUCGCCAAGUAUUCCAGGCACUACGGCCCGGAGGAUGGGCAGGGGCUGGAGGCCAAGCCCAUCGCUGCUUACAAAGUGGUUUCCCAGCCCAACAGACAGGUGGUCGCAGGCUCUGUCUCUGUUGCCCCUUUGUCUGCCAGGACUACAGAGCUGCCCAGCGCCGAUCCCUUCUCCUCCGCUCCCUUUCCUUCCAAAGUGGGGAAGCAAAAGCCUUAAUCUGCUGGGGGUGUGGGGGGGGCUGGGAGCUGCCUCUGUGUCCUGCAGGACCCCACCUCUCCCUGGACCUCGAAGCUCUGAGUUGGAGGGAAGGCCACAGCAAUAUGUAGAGGGAGAUACAUAAAGGAGUGAUUAUUUUGGG